UGUGAAUUCAUUUAAUCAUUUGUAAUAUUUCUAUCAUUAUUAGUCAAUAUUUGAACAAGUUUGGGCAGGGGAGGAUUUUGAGUUAUUCAAAAGCAUAAUGGUUAAAAAGAAUCUGGAUCUUGAACUUCAAGCGCUACAUAUGAUUCAACAACGAAAUGGCGUUGUACCCAAGGUUUUUGAAUCAGGUAAACUAGGGUUAAAUGAUUUAGUUCUAAACUGUCCUCUAGAGCAAUCAUUUAAUAUUGCUACUACAGGAGGGAGUCAGAAAUAAACUAUAAGUAUAACAGUAGUUGAUAUUUUGACUGGAGAGCUUUAUCAGUUCUGUCUUCCCUAGAACUCCAGUAAGGACCAUCUUUUAUUAGUUCAGUGUUACGUACUACAGCGGGAAACUGCACUACCAGAAGAAAACUUUUCAGUGGUGUUUGCUAGAGUCAAACUGGAAGCAUUCUUCUCCGCACAAACGACUGAAAUAAUAAUCAGACAAGCAAAUAUUGCAGUAAUUGAGCGCCAUUCACUACGACCCCGUUUCUGGGAACUUCGUAUCUGGAAACAUUUGAAUCCGGAGAAAACUCUCGUGUAAACGGCUUUCCGUAAAAAAUCUGAAUCAAUUUGUUCCGGUGUAUGUUUUUCAAAUUUAUUUCGACCUUUUUAUUUCAAAUUUAUUUCAACCAAAUUUAUUUCGACAUUUUUAUUCGACCGCCAAAGAGGGUCAAAACAUCGCAUAAUAUCACUAAGAGGGUUAAAAUUAUUUACUUUAUAUUGACCAUCGCUGUGUCGGGCUGUGUAGUGUAAAUGCUUCACGGAUCCGUAUAUUUGAAAAACAAGGAAUUCGGAUACUUUUACAAAUCCGGAAACUUUUGUUCUUGUGUAAACGUAGUCUAAAGCACACACUAAAUACUCUACAACCAACAUCCCAAAAUUAUUUUCUAAUCAGAAGUCGUUCAAUCAAACACCAAAACUCCGAAAUCUGGCCAUCAAAAUGACGAAGAGAAAUUAUUGAAAGAAGUGAUCAAGUUGUCUGAAGAGGAAUAUAGGAAAGAAAAGGACAGGAAGAAAGAGAUCGAAAGAAUGGAAAAGACCCUCGCGUUGUCUUCGAAGGAAGAGAGUGAAAGGUGGCUAGCAUUUUGUCAUGUACACCAUAUAGCUCCUUCAUAUUUAGAUUUUAUUUUACAGAAUUUAUCCAUCUCUUUUAUGUUCUACCAGUCCUCUGAUCCCCUUUAUCUUCGGCUAUAUAUUGUCUCUGAUCAGUUCUCUUUCAUCUCUUCUUAUUACAUGUCCAUACCGUCUCAACCUUGCUUCCCUCAUCUUCUCUGUAAUGUCUACCACCACACAUCUUCAUCUGAUCUCUUCAUUCCAUAAUGUCUCUGACCAGCUCUCCUUUAUCUCUUCUUAUUACGUGUCCAUACCAUCUCAACCUUGCUUCUCUCACCUUCUCUGCAAUGUCUACCACCCCACAUCUUCUUCUGAUCUCUUCAUUCCAUAAUGUCUCUGACCAGCUCUCCUUCAUCUCUUCUUAUUACAUGUCCAUACCAUCUCAACCUUGCUUCCCUCACCUUCUCUGCAAUGUCUACCACCUCAUAUCUUCUGAUCUCUUCAUUCCAUAUCUCUAACCAGCUCUCCUUCAUCUUUUCUUAUUACAUGUCCAUACCGUCUCAACCUUGUUUCCCUCACCUUCUCUGCAAUGUCUACCACCCCACAACUUCUGAUCUCUUCAUUCCAUAAUGUCUCUGACCAGCUCUCCUUCAUCUCUUCUUAUUACGUGUUCAUACCAUCUCAACCUUGCUUCCCUUGCCUUCUCUGCAAUGUCUACCACUCCACAUCUUCUGAUCUCUUCAUUCCAUAAUGUCUCUGACCAGUUCUCCUUCAUCUCUUCUUAUUACGUGUUCAUACCAUCUCAACCUUGCUUCUCUCAUCUUCUCUGCAAUGUCUACCACCCCACAUCUUCUGAUCUCUUCAUUCCAUAAUGUCUCUGACCAGCUCUCCUUCAUCUCUUCUUAUUACGUGUUCAUACCAUCUCAACCUUGCUUCUCUCAUCUUCUCUGCAAUGUCUACCACCCCACAUCUUCUGAUCUCUUCAUUCCAUAAUGUCUCUGACCAGCUCUCCUUCAUCUCUUCUUAUUACGUGUCCAUACCAUCUCAACCUUGCUUCUCUCACCUUCUCUGCAAUGUCUACCACCCCACAUCUUCUGAUCUCUUCAUUCCGUAAUAUCUCUGAAUCUUCCACAGGUUAUUUCAACAGGCAGAGGAUGAACUUAGGAACAUGGAAAGAAUGGUUUCAUUGACUUUAAAACUUGAAGCAAAUUCCGCGGCAGAAAAAUCUGGCACUAAGAAAACGCCGAGAACUGAAAGCCCUCGACAGAAAGACAAUGUAUCGUCACCAAGGACAAAGCAAAGAUCCAGUAAAUCCGGGACAAAAAGUCCUCCAAAGGAAAAGACAAAGUCGGGUGAGUCCUACUCACAUGUCUAUAAAUGUGCCGGAUUUAACUUCUAAAUAAACGACAGUUGAUGUGUGUAAACGUGCUAGAAUAGUGUCAUCUAUACUGGUAAUGGUUUUGAAACGAACUGGGUACAUACGUAAAAAUCUCACUUGUCAACAAGAUGUGUUCGCAACAGGCUUGCAGCAAGCUUGUCAACAAGUUGUAAUUUAUCAAGUUGCCACAAAGUUUUCACUCACAACUUGUUGACAAAUUGUUGCAUUGCAGGGGCCGGUUGUAUAAAAAAGUGAUUAAAGUUAACUAUGAUUAAGUGCAAACGUCAUCCAAUAAGAAGCGCCUAUUUGAGAGUUAAUCACUAUUUAACUACAAAACAGUGAUUAAAAAAGUGAUUAAGAGUUUUAUACAACCGGCCCCAGGACGAUAACAAAUUGUUGGAACAACUUGUAACAAGUCUGUUUAGCUCAACAACCUUGUAGCAAGUUGUCAACAAGCUGGGAACAAGCAGUGCGAACACAUCCUGUUGACAAGUUGUUGGAACAGCAUUGCUACAAGUCUGCUGCAGGUUUGUUACAACUUGUAAACAAACGAAUUAUCAGAUGAACUAUUUCAUUUCCCAAGUUCUUCCACACGGAUCAUUCAUCUCUAGCAUAAAUUGGCUCAUAAUUUCUUGUCAUUUUAGCAUCCCCAACAGCAGCCAAGGAACCUAAAGCCCAGAAGACAGAACCAGCUAAAAGUGUUGCCCAAAAGACAGAACCAGCUAAAAGUGUUGCCCAAAAGACAGAACCAGCUAAAAGUGUUGCCGAACCGGCGAAACAAAAGACGAAAGACGAAGAACCGAAGUCCGUUCCGGUUUCCAGCGCAGGUACGAUAAAACUAAACUAAUGAAACCAAUUUUAUCAAAUCUAAACUGUUCUCCCUAGAGCUCCAGUAAGGCCCACCACUUAUUUUGGCUAGUCUAUUAUUACAGGAUGUAACGACUAGCCUGGUGUAUUGUACAUUAGAAUGUUAGGGUUUGUAAUCCAAGUGAUUAUAUACAUUUUAAGACCUGACCAGGAACGACUGCGAAAAAUGCAGCACAAGGUCCUCUGGUAGGAAUUGAACCUACGACCCUGCGAUUCCGGUGCAGCGCUCUAACCAACUGAACUACAGAGGCCAGCUGUUGAGCUGUAACCGUAAGUUCAUGUAUAUAUGGGUAAUCGGGUGUGCGGGUUGUGAUAAGGUGGACUUGAAUGACUUAGAUUCUUGCACUUCACUUGGUGGAAUUAAUAUUAGGAUGUUAGGGUUUGUAAUCCAAGUGAGAAUAUAUACAUUUUAAGUCAGGUCUUAAAAUGGUCAGGUCUUAAAAUGUAUAUAAUCACUUGUAUUGUACAUCAUCAAAGUUUCUGUGAUCACAGUAGGAAUUUUGCAUAGGUAAGUUGUAAGUUUUGAAGGAUUUGUAAGAAAUGUUUUAGCAAAAUGACUCGGUGUUAAACUUCUAAUUGGUUCCCUCAAACAUUUCUUACAAAUUCUUCAAAACUCAGAAUUUACCUAUGCAAAAUUCCUACUGUGAUCACAGAAACUUUGAUGUUGUAAACCAGACUCACCCGCUGUGUUACUGCAAUGAUCAUCGUGCAUUUCUUUUAGCUUCAGCAGGGUCAUCCAAGGCAGCUCUAAAGCGCACAGAGAAGACUACAGAACCUCUACCUGCAUUGAGAAAACCCGCUGAAACACCUGCCGACGCAGCGAAGAACUGGCUGAGCAGUGCCAUGGCGGAGGCUAACACCCCUUCAGGAAACAUCGCUGCUGCAUCGAAGGUAGUAAAUUUAGCACAUUAACAUUCAUGCUAGAUACUGUAUCUCUAUCAGUUCAAAACUGUUCUUCCUAGAGGUCCAGUGUUAGGAGGAAACCUGCACUAAACUAACUUUAUUUAUACUGGAUAGCUCUAUCAGUUCUAAACUGUUCUUCCUAGAGGUCCAGUGUUAGGAGGAAACCUGCACCAAACUAACUUUAUUUAUACUGGAUAGUUCUAUCAGUUCUAAACUGUUCUUCCUAGAGGUCCAGUAAGAAUCAUCUCUUAUUGAUCCACAGGAGGAAACUUGAACUAAACUAACUUUAUUGAUACUGGAUAGCACUAUCAGUUCUAAACUGUUCUCCCUAGAGGUCCAGUAAGGAUAAUCUCUUAUUGAUCCAGUGUUACUACAGGAGGAAACCUAAACUAAACUAACUUUAUACUGGAUAGCUCUAUCAGUUCUAAACUGUUCUUCCUAGAAGUCCAGUAAGGAUCAUCUCUUAUUGAUCCAGUGUUACUACAAGAACAAUUUAUUCAUACUGGACAGUUCUAUCAAUUUUAAACGCUACUCUCUCUAGAGGUCCAGUUAGAGUAAUCUGUUGUUGGUCCAGUGUACGUAAUUGAUUGAAUGAGAUACAAUUACACACGUAAUAACGCACAAGUUAUUACAGGUCUACAAACAAGUUGUUACAAAUCUGUUCACAAGCUGUCGACAAGUUGUGUUCGCACUGCUUGUUCCCAGUUGUUGUAACAAGUUUGGAACAAGCUGUUAACAACUUGUAACAAGCUUGAUGGCAUUAUCAUACUUGUUACAAGGUCGUUCUAACAAGUCUGAUACAAUAGGUUUUGUUUGUGGAAACACCACGUAAAUUUAUUACUGCAAUAUUUAUUACUGGUGUUUCCACAAACAAAACCUAUUAUAUUUUAUCACCAUGCAAACAUACAAAGAAGUCUGAUACAGUCUUGAUAUUGCAAGAAUGUUACAAGGUUGACGACACAAGGUUGUAACAAUAUUGUUACAUGUUACAUACGAUCAGACUUGUCGGAACAACCUUGCAACAAGUCUGAUAAUAUCAAUCGUUUUUUUUUAAUUCAGGCCGGAGGGCAAGCCUCAAUGGACGACCAAAUUGCACAGAGGGCACAAUACAUGCGAAUGCAAAGAGAAAAGUUACUAAAUCUUAAAAAGCAAGAACGUACGAAACGUCUAAACACUUUUGAAGAGGACGCUCCCAAACGUCCUAUGUCAUCGAGAGUGGCGCGCCGAGUCACCGCGGGGACUGAGGCAGAGAAACCUCCAGCCAAUGAGAUCGACGAACAGCAACAAAAGAAACUGGCGUUGAGACGCGCUUUGGCCUCGCGGUUAAAGAAAGAGGUCAUCAAUGCCGAAUAAAGAUUUGACAACAUUUAUAAAUAUUAGGCUAAAAUAUAUCAAUUCACUAUGUAAUGUUAUUCUAUAUUUAUAUCACUAUGUAAUAUAUAAUGCAUUAGAAUAUUAUAGUUAAGCUUGUGUAAUGAUUCACUUAAUGACAACGUACUAAAUUGUCAAACAAGAUUAUGCAUGAUAUUAGAUUAUUAAUUAAAAUUUUUGUUUGAUUAAUUUGGUCUUGACUUUAGUUAUUAGUAUUUUGAACUGGUUCUGAGGUGCUGCCUUCAAUUCCAAAACUUAACUAAUCUAAAUAGUCUAAGACCUGCAAACAUUUAAAAUUACUUCUAAGAUAAAUCUAAUUUUGCACCCCUGUUGACCAAGGCCAACAGGGAUGCACCCCGCCCCCUUUAAAUCCACCACUGCAUAAAUAAUGUCUUUGCUUCAAAUACAUAAUGUCAAUUGUAUAAAUUUUAAAAUUUGUAAAAAAAACGGAAAGAUUUGUUGCAUAUGUUUAGAAUUAGUUAUUGUUAAACGAAGAAUAAAUUUGUUAUUCGAAAAUUUAUAUUUGUGUGAACGAGAUUUUUGUGGGGUUUUUUUUUAUCAUAUUGACAACAAUGUCACAAAUUAAAAUCAUGACUGGAUGGCAUGGAGAACAGUGAGAUUUUCAAAACAAUGAAAAGACAACAUUCUGAUCACUGGAUCAUGACUGGAUAGCAUGUAGAACAGUGGAAUUUUCAAAACAAUGGAACAUUCUGAUUACUGGAUCAUGACUGGAUGGUAUGGAGAACAAUGGGUUUUCAGAACAAUGAAAAGACAAUGGAACAUUCUGAUCACUGGAUCAUGACUGGAUGGCAUGGAGAACAGUGGGAUUUUGAAAACAAUGAAAAGACAAUGGAACAUUCUGAUCACUGGAUCAUGACUGGAUGGCAUGGAGAAAAGUGGGAUUUUCAAAACAAUGAAAAGACAACAUUUUGAUCACUGGAUCAUGACUGGAUGGCAUGGAGAACAGUGGGAUUUUCAAAACAAUGAAAAGACAACAUUUUGAUCACUGGAUCAUGACUGGAUGGUAUGGAGAGCAGUGGGAUUUUCAAACAAUGAAAAGACAAUGAAACAUUUUGAUCACUGGAUCAUGACUGGAUGGUAUGGAGAACAGUGGGAUUUUGAAAACAAUGAAAAGACAAUGGAACAUUCUGAUCACUGGAUCAUGACUGGAUGGCAUGGAGAAAAGUGGGAUUUUCAAAACAAUGAAAAGACAACAUUUUGAUCACUGGAUCAUGACUGGAUGGCAUGGAGAAAAGUGGGAUUUUCAAAACAAUGAAAAGACAACAUUCUGAUCACUGGAUCAUGACUGGAUGGCAUGGAGAACAGUGGGAUUUUGAAAACAAUGAAAAGACAAUGGAACAUUCUGAUCACUGGAUCAUGACUGGAUGGCAUGGAGAACAGUGGGAUUUUCAAAACAAUGAAAAGACAACAUUUUGAUCACUGGAUCAUGACUGGAUGGUAUGGAGAGCAGUGGGAUUUUCAAAACAAUGAAAAGACGAUGGAACAUUCUGAUCACUGUAUCAUGAUUGGAUGGCAUGGAGAACAGUGAGAUUUUCAAAACAAUGGAACAUUCUGAUCACUGGAUCAGGACUGGAUGGCAUGGAGAACAGUGGGAUUUUCAAAACAAUGAAAAGACAAUGGAACAUUCUGAUCACUGGAUCAUGACUGGAUGGCAUGGAGAACAGUGGGAUUUUCAAAACAAUGAAAAGACAAUGGAACAUUCUGAUCACUGAAUCAUGACUGGAUGGC